AUGCAGACGGUGGGCGAGUUUGACCCCACCCAAGUGCUUAUGGCAGUUCCCAAAACGGAUUACCCGCACUGCCUCGGCCCGGUGCCGAUCGCCACAGCUGCCUCCAGCGCAUGGCUCUUCCGACCUUUCACGAUGGCGGAAGCCAGCGAGACGGCUACGGGCAAGUGGCCGCCGUACCCUGGGGAAACUACGACCCAUCGCGGAUUGGUGCGGCUACUGCCUGACCUCAGUCAGUCACUCGACGUACAUCUGCACGAAGCUUUCCCGUGCGUUCCACCAGUACGAGUGGUGGCGGGCGACGCACUCAAGGCGGACCAAGCGGCUGCCACGGUGGCAAACGCCUCGACAAAGGCAGUGGCCGUGGUAGUGGUUCCUCAACAGCACGGCUACGUAUCAAGCGACCCACCCGGUCACGCAACAAGGGGCUCACCGGGUAAUGCAACAAGCGGCCCACCUGGUUAUGCUUCAAGCAGCCAUGAGGCUACGCUCCCUGCGGCCGUCCAGGCUACGCAAGCAUGUGGCAAGGCGGUCAUUCCGGCUACGCCAGUUCCAACUAUGGCGGCUAUCGUGACGACCAACGGGGCCGUGCCCCUUAUCGUCAGUCGGCCUCCCGCUACUGCAGUCGCCCAGGCGACUGGUACCGUGACUACCACGAAAACGGCGGCGCCAACCAAGACGACCGGCGCCACCGCAGCCACAGCGCGCCGCCCGUCGACCAGGGCUACGCCCCACCGGGACCAAACGCCCAGCGCGGCUCUACCCCCGACGGCCACCAACGCCACGUUAUCGGAUGCGGCACAGUACGACUCGAGGUCGCUGGCACCAACGAACUACACAUUAGUUGUUUAUCUGCUGGAUUCGACUCUAUCCACCUGCGACGGCAAGUUCACCACAACCUACGACGAAGACACCGGGUUGUAUGUCAUCGCGACGCAGUUUUCACCGCGCAUCGACGACCCCACAUCGACUGUCCUCGUGACGCAUCCGACGACCAUCGUCGGAACCCCACUACCACCAGCGGCACUGGAUCCGGUGGCUCUAAAAUUGAUCGACCCGAUCACGGAGUAUUUAGCCGAACAUCUUUCGGCAAAGUUAGUGGAGGCUCGCGCGGCCAAAGCCGCGCUAAUGUACGCGUUUUCCUCGGAUCCAGUCCACCGGAAAAUCUCGUCAAUUGUGCGAAUUGUAUUAUUGAGUGGCUCCGCGGCAAGGUUUAGCAGCGAAGAGAAGAAGUUUGCGUCCGACGUGGACUUCGACAAGCUGCACAAGACCGUGGAGAUACGCGAGAGCACGACUCUCACCGACAGCCAUCUCGCUUCAGUGUCCCUGUCGUCAUUGCCCGACUGCAUUGAACACGAUGUGCAGGUGUGGCCCGGUGCUCGACCGAGCAUUCCGGACACCCAGCUGCGCGAGUUUUUGCCACAGCAUUGGUACGAGUUGACGAAACUGUACCACGACUUCUUGGGUCCAAAGCCGACGGCAUCGACCUACGGGGGAUUGCACGAAUCUCUCGCGCGCAUGCCGUUCGACGAGACUUCUUCUUCCCACUUGGAUGGGUCGCCACGAUCCAAUCUGGACAACUUCCACCCCAUCGAAAGGACCCACCAAUCACCCACGCGGCAAUCGGAGUUUCUUGACGCACUUAAUUACCGCCUCACCCAAGGCGGCCAAUCGAGCCGCGACCACGCCCAAGGGGGCAACAACGCGGUGCAUCCUCGGACCACUACGACCAACGCGACGAAAGUCCGUUUCGCGGUGAGGUGA